AUGAGGGUCGUCAAAAGCCCACGAAGUUCCGACGGGGAGAAAAGUGUCGCAGACGCUCUAUUUACUGACGAGAACGACUGUCAGUUGUCAUCCUGUGACGAGAUGCUAUCGAGUCCCAGGGACUCGUUCUCGUACCCGAUGCGGUCGCCAUACAGCGACGACGAAGACGAGGACUACGCGCCUUCGAUGACGUCGUUGGAGGAGUCAGGAUCAGUGACGAGCUCAAUGGAUACGGAAGAUUUGGACCCGGAGAAGAAGGAGAUGGACGUGGAGCCACGGGAGGUGGAGAUGGCUCAUUCUUUUAGUGACACAGAUGUGGACCAUUUGGAUGGUGCUGAAAAAAAGCACUUUGUGGAAAAAGCGUUUGAUUGCAAUGACGAAAACAAGGCGAAAAGUGUGUAUUACGCGUGGGGGGACUUGCAAGCAGCUUUCAACGACACUGCAUUCACGAGACGUACGGUGGAGGUGACUGGGGAAUAUGAUGAUGUCGAGCAGCAGAAAGUAGAUGGCGGAGAAGUGCAUGGUGAACAGCAGACUCAAAGGGGUCUCGAGUUGAAUUCAAGAGGGAGCAGUGUCGUUGACUUGGGGAAGGGACCAUGGAGAGCCGAAGCAGCAUUUACUCUUGGAGUGGCGGGGAAGAAGGAUACGUCAUCACGAAGACGACAUACUUUAUCAGGCACGACGGCUCGGCAUCACUCGACUGGCGUCGCUCCGAGGUUUCCGAAGAUAUUCAAUGAAGAACAGGAUCGAAACACGAGGUUUUGUUCUGCUACUCCCGCGUUCACGAUGGACCACACAUCUGCAAAUGUGGAGGUGCAGACUGAGAAGACGUCAUUGGCAGGUGAUGACACAAUCUCGAAGCUACCGGGGCCACACGUGGAGAAGUCAGACCUCACAUUUGGCGUCAAGCAGACGUGUGUUCCAACGCCAGAAUUUACGUUUGGGAAGCACGUACCACCAGCCUACAUGAAGACAGAGGCUGCAAAGGGAGAGACAAGUAAUUUUUCGAACACGAGCAGUCCAAUCCCGAUGCGUUCUGCCGCUGCAUCGUCCGAUGCUGUGGAUAACGACUUCACGCUGAAAAAGCGUGUUAAACCUCUGCAGCCUAACAGCUUUAUUGGAAUUGAUGACAUUAAACCAGCCAAAGUAUCGGCGCAGGAGUCGGGGAUUCCUGAUACCGAAUGUAACACUUCUGUGCGUAGCUCAAGCCCACGCACCAAUAGUGCUAGUCGUACCCCGACAAGCGGUACAUUUUUGUUUGGACAAGCGUACAAGAAUCGCAAACCGGUUGCUUUUGCUAAAAAAGAGAGCAGCGACUUGUUUCACGCAACUAAUUCGGUGGGUUCUGCCUACAACAGUAAAGCAUCGACAAAAGCGUCAGGAGCAUGUGGAGGGACAAAAGGUUUUGUUGGUGACUUUAAACUCUGUCAGACCGACGUCAGCAGCGAGUUUACAGCACCUCCUGCAUCAUUUGCUCCUGGAGUUGCAAAAAAUAGCAUGUUUCGUCACGAUUUGUCUCGUCGGAAAAAAGCGAGCUCGAGUUCAGUCAUUAGACCGCCCCCGUUCAGCGCUUCGUCUAGCUCCCAUUUUGUUGCUUCAUUAUCAUCGUUCAAGUCCUCCUCUACACAGCCGACAGCCAUUUACCAACGAAAUGACUCAACACGUACGGGUGACUACACGCGUGACAGUCGGGUGCAAUUGAGUACUACGACCCCAGCUAACAUCUCAACGAAUCCGUUUGCCGCGAACACGUGUGGAUCAUAUGCGCCGAAAGACCUAAAGGCCAAGACGGGUCCAGAUACAUUUUCACGCUCUGCAUCAUCUUCAUCUGGGGCGAGUGAAGAUUUUAGUUCAGUCCACUCUGAGCAUGCAGAACGUAGACCGGCUAUUCAUUGUUUUGUACCUGGAUCUGGAAAAGCAGAGACUGGCGCGCAGACAGAGGUACCAUAUUUUCAUCACUCCGAGCAGUCGGCCAAAAGUGUGUCUGCUUUGAAUACUGGUUGUAGUUUCCAGAUUGGUAGUGUCAGUGCGCAAAGGAAAUCGCGAGUGCGGCCGAGGAAAAACGGAACGUUGGCUCACAAGUACAGUCCAAGGAAGGAUGCCAAAAAAGAUGCCACCAAGCCUGUGCGGUCCCCCAGCUUUUCCUGCUCGUCCUCAUCGACGCCAUCUUCAAUCGGAAUCGCCGAUCCACGGAAGUCCGGACAUACCUCCGGAGUCGAUCCGCUCGCCGCACACAACUUUCGGAACCUUUCGUCUCCAUCAGAUGGAGAACGUUAUGCUGUUGCUGAUAAACCGACAGCAACGUCAGCAUUUCCAUUCACCACUAAGCCUUCAGUUGGUAGUGUUGAUGGUGAACCGACUCGACAACAAGGCAAUAUGUGUGACUCCAGCUUGUUCCCUUUCUAUUCCCAGCAGAACAAACCGAUUGCUUCGGAGCUCCGGGGCACAAUCCAUCAACCAGUUUUUCAACAGAACAAGCCAAGUGAUCGUCCGAAAACCCAGCAACCUGGCGAUCGUGGGACAUGCCAGACAUGCCCAGCUCAUGCUGGAUCCCGCCGCAUUCUCCGUGCCGCUGUUCGGAGUAUUGAAGUUAGCAAAGAGCGUGCUAGCUCAGCCCCAACUUUGACUGACAAUGGACCCGAGGAGUGUGAUGCUGAAAUGGAUAGCGACGAUGAGCCUAGCUGGUAUGAACUGAAGCGUCUUGGUGGUGUUGCCCAUCGCUCAAGAAAAUAUGAAGAUGCGGCCGAGUACUACCGCCGAAGCAUUGAGCUGCUAGACUCACAGCUUUAUCGUGAUGCAGACACGUUUACAAUGGAGAUUCAAACUGAUAAGGCAAGACUUCACGCAAACCGGGCGGCAUCACUUAUGAUGCUGAUGCAGAUCACUGAAGCUCAGCGCGAAUGUCGGCGAUCGAUUGAGGUGGACGCGACGUAUGCACGCGCAUACCUUCGGCUAAGCCGCAUUCAAGUCUUACUGGGUGAUACUGUCAAUGCAAAGGUGAACAUUGAUACAGCGAGGCAGCUGAUGGAAAAGCAAGACGACGAAGUAGGCAGCAGUGACCAUAUAGAUCGUGUAUCUGUUGUCAAGACGGAAGGCACGAUUAAGGAAUUGACGAUGCUACAGGGUGAGAUUAAGUCGAGCAUUGAGUGUGAAAACUUCAAGCAAGCUCUUUUGCACACCGAAAGCGCUCUAUUACUUGCGCCGAUGUACCGGAAGCUACAAGUGGAAAAGGCUCGUAUUCUUCUUCACCGAAGGCAACUGGAUCUGAUUGUUAAGUUUUGUACUUCUAUCGUCGAAAAACAGCAAGCAAGUCAGACGAAGCUGCCAAGUCCAGCGAGCGCGAGUGGAAUGAGCACCAAACCGCUCAAGGAUGAAACUGUAGACAUGGUCGCUAUCGUGGGUAUUGAUCUAGGAUUGUUGUGGGCGACCUCGCUACACUACCAAAACAAAGUUGAGGACGCAGUCCGGGUACUCAACGCCUUGGAAGUCGUAGCUCCUUGCAGCUCGCUCGUGAUACAAUUGAAACGGCAAUGGCACGAUAUGGAGCAGCUUAGGCUCGACGGAAAUCGACGGUAUAAAGAAGGCCAGUAUCAGGAGGCCAUACGAUGCUACUCGGAAGCUUUACAUGUUGACCCAAAGCACCUGGAGUACUGCACAGUUAUAUACUGCAAUCGUUCAGCAGCCCAAAUGGGGCUGCAACGGUAUCACACUGCGAUUCUUGAUUGCAACGAAGCACUGCGACGAAAGUCAAAUUUCUCCCGUGCUAUGCUCCGUCGCGCACGAUGCCAUGUUGCAUUAAAGGUGUACCACGAGGCAGUGAAAGACUUCGACAGUUAUUUGCACGAGCGAUCAAGCGACAUUCCUGUUGAUGUGAUGGCCAAUGUUUGUCGCGAACGUAACGAGGCAAAAGCAGCUAUUGCCAAAGCUCGCGAAGAAACCAGACAGCGAGAGGCGGCAAAGAAGCGUGCAGAACGGCAGCAGCGCCAAACUUGCUGGGAAGACGCGGCGCGGAGUAAAAGCCGACCUUACGACAGGUACAGGCGAGGCGGACGUAGCAAUUGUGGGAGCAGUAAAUCCCAGUCGUCAGGUGCCAGUAGUCGGGCUUCAUUUAUGGCGACGAAGACCGAGUACCGCACGCAUUACGAAGUGCUUGGUAUUGAUAAAACAGCGACGAGCGACCAAGUCAAGAGGUCGUACCGCAAAUUGGCGCUCGUGUAUCAUCCAGAUAAAUCAAAGGUGUUGUCGCAUGCUGAUUUGUUCAAGGAGAUGACAGCCGCCUACAACGUGCUCUCCGACAAAAGCGCCCGGGAUAAAUAUGAUCGCGAGUUGAUGUACAACAAAUUUGGCAAUUUCUACGAGAACUAG